AUGCCGCGCUUCUACGAGAACAAAUACCCCGAGGUUGACCAGCUCGUCAUGGUCCAGGUUCAGUCCAUCGAGGACAUGGGCGCCUACGUCAAGCUCCUCGAGUACGACGGCGUUGAGGGAAUGGUCCUGCUUUCCGAGCUGUCGCGUCGGCGAAUCCGUUCCGUGCAGAAGCACAUUCGUGUCGGGCGUAACGAGGUUGUCGUUGUCAUGCGUGUUGACCCCGACAAGGGCUACAUUGACCUGUCCAAGCGCCGAGUGUCUGCCGAGGAGGUCGUCAAGUGCGAGGAGCAGUACGAGAAGGGCAAGGUGGUCGACUCGAUCAUCACACAGGUCGCCAAGCGCCGCGGCGUCUCCGCCGAGUCGCUGUACGAGCAGAUUGCCUGGCCCCUUCACCGCAAGUACGGCCACUCGUACGAGGCAUUCAAGCUCUCGAUCCAGGAGCCGGACGCCGUGUUCGGCGAGCUCGGCAUUGACGAGGAGACGCUCGUUGAGCUCAAGCACAACAUUGCCCGCCGCCUGACGCCCAAGCCUGUCAAGGUGCGCGCCGACAUUGAGGUCAAGUGCUUUGCGUACAGCGGUAUUGAGGCGAUCCGCAAGGCGCUCCGUGCCGGCGAGGCGUGCUCCACCGAGGAGGUGCCCAUCAAGGUCCGCCUUGUCGCGCCGCCACUGUACGUCAUGUCGACGACGAGCACGGACAAGACGGCCGCUAUUGAGAUCAUGGAGAAGGCUGUCGAGGCGAUCGGGAACACUAUCACCGAGGAGAAGGGUGACAUCACCAUCAAGAUGGCACCCAAGGUUGUCUCCGAGACUGAGGAUGCCGAGCUCAAGGCGCUCAUGGAGCAGUUCGAGCAGGCCAACAUGGACGUCGCUGGCGACGACGACGAGUCGUCGGACGACGAGUAG